AUGCUUUAUGUCUCAAUCGAUUUGGUCGAUGAAUGCCCUUCGUUUGUGAUGCUUCAAUUUUGCAUCAUUGUCGUCGAAAAAAAAGAAGACAAUCAGCAGGUAAACACUGUUGCUGUUAUCAAUGAACCCGUAACAACAGCAUCGGACGUAAUUGGUUGGCGAAUGCUUCGCACGCACUCCACUCGCUUCCCAUUUCGUCGCGGCAAACACGUCGUCUUUGUCAUGACCGUCGGCGUUGGUCGCUUGCUGAUUUUUGCGGGUUUGAUUCAAAUUGCGAUCCAGAGAGGUCCUCCUGGUAUUCCAGCAGCUCCGAUCCCAACACCUGUUGCCACUUCGCCUCCACAGCAGCAAGUCCGUGAACAGAUCUGGAAUCAGAACACUCAAACGGCUCCAUCGCAGCCACAACAGCAACAGCAAACUGAGUGGAAUCAAGAUUCACAACCUUCUGGAGGCUGGGAAGAUAGAGGACCUCGACCAGACUUUGAUGAUGGCGCUGAUUGGAUGAGAUGGAGAAGGCCUUGGUGGAUGCACCAUCACCACCACCAUCCGCCACCAGGAUUCUGGGGACCGCCACCACCACCGCCACCCCCGUUCGGACCUCCAAUAUGGCCAUAG